GGUGGUUCUUCCAUGGUCCCGUGAUCUGAAAGUUGUGAAAAGUAGGGAUAUUACUUUAUAAAAACACCCAUAAUCUGUAUCAACUUUGACUUUUAGAGACCCUACGAAUGAGAGACUUCCAGGUCUGAUGGAAGAUCGCCAAACAUGGCAUUGGUCACAGUUGUCCCUAAAAUUGUGAAGAUUUUGGAGUUUUAAGUGGGUUGUAGGUGGUUCUUCCAUGGUCCCGUGAUCGGAAAGUGGUGAAAAGUAGGGGUAUUACUUUAUCAAAACACCCAUAAUCUGUGUCAACUUUGACUUAUGGAGACCUUACGAGUGAGAGACUUCCAGGUCUGAUGGAAGAUCGCCAAACAUGGCAUUGGUCACAGUUGUCCCUAAAAUUGGGAAGAUUUUGGAGUUUAAGUGGGUUGUAGGUGGUUCUUCCAUGCUCCCGUGAUCUGAAAGUUGUGAAAAGUAGGGGUCUUUAUUACUUUAUAAAAACACCCAUAAUCUUGUGUUUUUAGCAUUUUUCGUAUUGGCAUUUUUCGUAUACAUUUGGAGCUGUGAUGUUUGUGUAUCUUUCACGACCUGUGUUCUGUUUGUUUCACGUUACUGUAUCUUCAAAAACUGUUUGGGGAAGUAUGCGAUGACCUAAGUGGGGCUUGCUGUUUGCAAAACACUCAGUAGAUGUGGAAAUGCUAGGGUUGGCAGGUUCAGCAAGUAGUAUGAACAACCAGACUUUUUCUCCUGCUUAGAAUUUGUUCAUCUCUUCUUGUAUAUUCUGGGUCCAUAUAUGGACAAAGCAAUGUGACUGGAGGCUACGAUCUUGUAGAUGAUGAACACACCUGUUAUGUGAUGAGUUUGGUUCCAGAAAGGCUACAUGAACAGAGUUGCGCAGCAGAAGCAUACUGGGCCCAUAACCCUUGUGUUGUGUUAUAGCCUUUUCCAUCUCAGAUCUCGCUGCCUCUGGCCCCAUCCCGUCUCCUCAAAGCUGGGAUAAGCUAAGGCUGGGGGGCUUCUCGGGCUCUGUUUACUUUCUCUUACUCGUCCUAACAGAAGCAACAGUGGUGAUCAUGUCUAUUUCUAAUCUUUGUCUUUGCAUUCUUUUGCACUCAUGCUUUCCACUAACGCCUCUCCGACUCUUAGCUGGCUUUAUAAAGUCACCGCUGUCUCAAAAGAAACAGACCGAGGACAGCGUGGAGCUGUACUGCGAGGCCGUCGGCAACCCCAUCCCAGAGAUCCAGUGGUGGUUCGAAGGGGCCGAGCCCAACGAGACGGCCGUCCAGCUCUGGGACGGGGCCUGGCAGGACCGGGUCAAAAUCAACGCCACUUACAAGCAGCACUCCACCAGUACCAUCUCCAUCGCCAACCUCACGCUCAACGACUCCGGCACGUUCGAGUGCCGGGCGAGCAACGACCCCAAUCGCAACCACUUGUCGAAGAGCCCCAAAAUCAAGUGGAUCCGUUCCCAGGCGAACGUGAUUGUCAUUGAGCGGGCUCAUAUUUCAGCCACUCCGGAGGUAACUGGAGGCUCAGAUGUGCUCAUUUUCUGCAACAUAAGUGAGCCACCAUCACCUGUCAAAGGCCGCUAUUGGAUGAAGGAGGGGAUGAAGCUUGAUUCGAACGGGACCGCUUCGGAUUCUACCUCAUACAUGAUCCCGAAAGUGGAUCAUGAAACCUCGGGGGAAUACCACUGCAUCUUUGAGACAGAGCCCAUCUCAAGAAGCACCGUCUAUGUGAAAGUUAAACCCAACAUCGUGGCCUAUAAGAAGUCAGAGCACGCGAACGAGGGGGACACGGCGGUGCUGACCUGCAAGCUUCAUUCGUACCCGCCGGUCACCCUUUGGACCUGGUUCAAGAUGGACGAUGGCACGCCCAAGCCCAUCGUCAAUGGCUCGGAGGAGCGGUUCUUUAUCAAAUCGAUGGACAACAGGACCGACCUGCGCAUCGUCUCGCUGGACAUCGAGAGGGACCCGGGCGAGUACAGGUGCAACGGCACCAACGAACUGGGCGAAGACGGAGCUGUGGUGUCCCUGCGGGUGCGCAGCCGCCUGGCCGCCCUGUGGCCCUUCCUGGGCAUCGUGGCUGAGGUGCUCAUCCUCGUGACCAUCAUUUUCAUCUACGAGAAACGCAGAAAGCCCAACGAGGUCCCCGACGAUGACGAUGGAGGCUCUGCACCACUGAAAAGCAACGCCACCAACCAUAAGGACAAGAAUGUGCGCCAGAGGAACGCGAACUAAGCAGAAAGUGAGGUGACGUGCCAGAUAAGCAGCUUGCUUAGACGUCUCUCCGACUGUAGCACCGCGACAAUCUUAGCGCACCCUCACGAGGAACAGAAGACUUCACUUUUUCAGAGAAACGUUAAAAGUCUGUAGAGUAAAAGUUGUUUUUUUUUUUUAAAGGAAAACACUCCGAGGCAUUUCUUUUAUUUCGAUUCUUGUAUAGACAGAUGAGCUAAGCCUUUCUCUCUCUCGUCUCUCUUCAAACGGAACUAACCUGUAGAACCACUUUCUAGCGUAGCCAAAACGGGCCGGAGAUGGGGAGUUAAGCACAAAAAGCACACCCCUCUCCUCCUUUCUAUUUUUUUCUUUUAGGUCAAAAGGUACUAGAAUACACUCAGGGGGCUCGCCAUAUAUUUCCUUUGCUCUCGGAAGGCUCUCUGUAUUUAAUGUGUCCACCACUUUGAUCUCUGAUCUUUUGCUCUUCUCGGAAAUUGAGUUUCUCUCCUUUGGCCACCCUGCUGCCCUUCCUGGCUCUAAAGGAUUAUGCCACAACGGCUCAAAAAUGAAACCAAUGGUUCUGUGCCACCGCCGUUCUUUUUUGUCCCCAAAUGCUUCAAGGCCUGGGUGCCACUGAAGAUCUAAAAGGAGGACCAGAGCCGCGAAGAGCUGACCGGAACCCGAGAAGGGUCCUGCGGGCCCAAAUUGGCCACCUCUCUUCCACUCACUCUUGUUUUUGAACAACUUGAUUGUCUCCAAAUAAAGCAAGACUCUUUGGUCUCUUUA